UGACCAAUCAACGACUAAAGGUGGCAGAAUCCCGACUUUCAGGAUUCCCUCUGAGAUUGUACCUGUUCGUGAUAAGACGCAACAAGGACAGAAGUAAUAAAGACUAGUGGGAAUGGAUGCAUCAGGUUGCAUCCACUCAUGGAAAAGCCACAGAACAGAAAUAGUCUUCUUCGACCUGGAAACGACCGUUCCAAGGAGAACCGGGCAAGGCUUCUCUGUGCUGGAGUUCGGAGCCAUUGUUGUCUGUCCGUGGAAGCUCGUGGAGCUCGAAAGCUACACCACGCUCAUAAGACCCAAGGACCUCUCCAUGGUCGCCUUGAGGUCGGGUCGGAGGGAUGGGAUCACACGCGAUGCCGUAGCUGACGCCCCCACAUUCGAGGAAGUGGCGGACAAGAUAUUCAACAUCUUGAAUGGCAGGGUAUGGGCGGGCCACAACAUUCAAAGGUUCGAUUGCAUCCGGAUCAAGGAAGCAUUUGCUGCGACCGGAAGGGCCCCUCCUUCACCUGUUGGAGUGAUCGAUUCUUUAGGUGUGUUAACGGAAAAGUUCGGCCGUAGAGCUGGUAAUAUGAAGAUGGAAACAUUGGCAGCUUAUUUUGGACUAGGACAACAAAAGCACAGGAGUCUCGAUGACGUGCGGAUGAACCUUGAGGUCGUCAAGCACUGCGCAACUGUUCUCUUCCUGGAAUCGAGCCUACCUAGAAUAUUGGUAGGCAAGUGGCAUCCUUCUUCCUCGAUCAUAACUCGAAGCAGAAGCCAUAACAAUCACGGGAAACUGCCCAGCAGAACAUCAUCCUUGGAAGAAUCAGUUGAAUCUAUGAAUACCAACUCGAGGAAAUCUCCCCCAGCUUCGACCUCCAUAAGAAGACCUCUUCCGUAUUCUAGAGGAACCAGCCUUGGCAAGAUGACAGAGGGAGUGAAGAACCUCCUAAACAAAGCUCAGCAAGGGAGCCAACCACUCACCAACUUGCUCAAACACUCCCAUUCACUUCUCAGAUAAUCGAUCCAGAGGCAUGUUCGUCCUGUCGCCUUUUAUAUGUAUUCAAAGACGGCUCGAACGAUUCCUUUCGUUUCUUAGAAGAUGAGUGAUGGAAAAUAAUCUGAUGCUCCAAGGGCCAACGCUUUCAUGCAUAUAAUAUUUGUUUCUUUGCCGUGAUU